AUGUUUUCCAAAAUUUUUUAUAAUUUCAAACUACAAAUUUUUUAUUUAAAAUACUUUUUAGCUCCACAAAUACAGAAAUGCAAAUCCACCGACAAUGACAAAUGCAUUGGAAAAGCCAUAGAACAGAUAUUUAAACUUUAUCCCAAUGGUAAUCCCGAAUUUGGUAUGCCCAGCAUUGCCAGUUUCAAUUUAACAAAUCUAAAGAUUUCACGAUCCAAUCCCAACUCGCCAAUACAAAUCAAUUUUGAAUUCAUCAAGUGUUCCGUAUACGGUUUAGAAAAAGCUAAAAUUUUACGCACUGCAGGUUUAGAUAAGGAAUUUCAUAAUGUCGAAAUAGAUGCAAUCAUACCGAAUCUACGAUUGAAUGGCGAUUUCGAAAGUACCGGAAAAUUAUUGCUGUUACCGAUAAAUGGCAAGGGUAAAGCAGUCAUCGAAUUGAAGGAAUGCAAAAUUCAAACUCGCACCAAAGUUGUGUUGGAGAAACGUAAUGGUAAAAAUUAUGCAAAAAUCAAAAAAUGUAAGGCGGUAAUUGAACCCAAACAAAUGUUGGUUAAGUUGGAGAAUAUUAUUAAUGACAAUGCCGUUUUGAGCGAAAGUAUAAAUGGUGUGAUCAAUGAAAAUUGGCAAGAUGUUUGGUCGGAAUUGCAAGAAGGUAUUAAUAAGAUUGUGGAAAAUAUUUUAAUUAAUUUAAUGAGUGAUAUAUUGAAGGAAUUGUCUACAGAUGAUUUUUAUUUGGAUUAA